AUGGAUGUAACAAACCACGGAGUUAGUAUUUCAUUGUUGGAAACAUUCAAGUUAGAGGUAACCAAUUUCUUGAAGCUUCCAAUGGAGGAAAAGAAGAAACUAUGGCAAACAGAAGACAGUCAUGAGGGAUUUGGGCAAUUGUUUGUCGUUUCGGAAGAUCAAAAGCUUGAUUGGUGUGAUAUGUUCUUCCUAAUUACUCUUCCUCCUCAAUUGAGAAAGCCUGAUAUUUACAAUAAGUUGCCUCAAAAUUUAAGGGUAACAAUGGAAGCUUACAUAGCAGAAGUAAAGGGUUUAGCUCAAACUCUGCUAAACCAGAUGGCUAAAGCAUUAGGGAUCGACGAGGGCGAAAUGACAGAGUUAUUCGAUGAAGAGUAUCAAAUAAUGAGAAUGAAUUACUACCCUCCAUGUCCCGAGCCUAACAAGGCAAUAGGGCUCACUCCUCACUCGGACGCAAAUUCCCUUACCGUCCUUUAUCAAUUGAAUGAUACCGUAGGCCUCGAAAUCAAGAAAGAUGGCAAUUGGGUGCCCGUUACGCCUCUUCCAAAUGCCUUUGUGCUAAACGUUGGAGACGCUUUAGAGAUUUUGAGCAAUGGAAUUUAUCGAAGUAUUGAGCACAAAGCAACAGUGAAUUCGACGAAAGAGAGGAUAUCAAUUGCAACAUUUAAUAGCCCCAACAUUGAUUCUGAAAUUGGACCAGCUAAGAGUAUUAUUGGCCCCCUUAAUCCUCCACUUUUCCGAACGCAACCAUUGACACAAUACUACAAGGAGUUCUUUGCCACUAAGCUCAAUGGAAAAUCACAUCUAGACAAUAAUAUGGGAAUUUCAACAUAG